AUGGCACGCCGCUAUGAGAUUGAAGAGCUCUUGUGGCUGCGCAAUUCGCCCCUUGUCACAAAGCCCGAUAAAUUGCCUCCAGCGGAGGAAUGGAUGGGACCUAUCCCAGACCCAGCAACACGACGACCAACAAACGGCCGAGAUCAGGCCCAGAAUGAAAACUCAACCAGAAGACCAAGUCUAUUCGAAACGCCACGACAUAUCUCCAGAAACUCAAAUUCAGAGGACAUAGUCUUAGGACCCCCCAAAACCGCAUUUUCCUCGGCGACGCGAAUGUUUGGAAAAGGGUCAAUUGAUGCGACUGAUCGAACCCAACGCUUCAAUGACUCAGAUGAAGCAAAAAACGAUCGCUUCAAUUUCAGAGACAAAUUCUUGAAGGACAGAGAAGGAACAGACCGCGAACUUGACAGACGCGAAAACAAGUACGGAGGGCCUCAUAGCCGUCGAAAUGAGAGAGAGGAUUGGAAUGCCGGGCGGCCACGUCGUACAUUUAACCAAGACGAGCAGGACCAGAAGCCUAAGCGCAAUGGUGACGCCGGCCGGUGGGAUGGACGAGACAAACCUGAUGAGUUGGUUUUGGGGCGGAAAGAUAAGGAUGGACGCUUUGCCGGGCGAGAAGGUCUCCCUAGAGGGAGACACGAGAAAAGCUGGUUUCGUGACGAAAAUGCGCCUGAAACUGGCGAGCUAGAGGAUGAAAAACCAUUCAUGCGAAGCCGAGAAUGGCGACGUGAUCGGCAGACCACUGAACGAGACUGGAAUAAAGGUGCCAGAUUUGAUCAGGAUCCGGAAUGGAUGGAUUCUACAGACCGUGAUGAGCCCAAACAAACCCAAACACAUACACAAGAGGACUUUCAACGAUGGAAAGAAAGAAUGAAAGCCGGCUCCGCGCCACCGGUUCCAUUAGAAGAGAAGACUGGAAUUGCUCUUGAGGAAGUUGCUCCUGAGGAUCAGAAGACGGAAGCGAGUCGUCUGGAUGGCGAAUUGUUCGCUGCGAAUAAGCACCACCUGCCCAUGGACACGGGUUUCGAAAAAUUUUUUGGCCUGUUAGGUGACGCAAAACAUACACCCCAGGAGGUUGCGACAACCGGGCCCGGGGAAUCUAUCAAGACAGACCCAGGCUCGUCAAAAGCCUCAAAAUCAUCCAGAUUCGCUACCCUUUUUAGUCCACCUCCCGAGAGCUCAGUCAAACAGCCUGAACCUAUUGCACUCGAGAAAACUCAACCCGAUCGUCCAGUAUCCACCGACGCCGACCAGGAGGGCUUUCAGCGCAUCCUUCAAAUGCUUGGAGGCAGAAAAUCUCGCAACAGCACUCCUCAGAUGGACAGUACUCAAUCGUCUCGGCCACCAUCCUACGCACAUCCUGACAACCGGCCAACACCCCCCCCGGGCCUAUCAUCCCCAUCUAGGGACACAUUAAACCAGCAGCAACACGAGUUCAUGGCAGCCCAAGAAGGUGUGGCUCCACGUGCUCUUCAUCCCCCUCCUGGGAUGGAAGCCAUGCUUCCAAAUCGGGAUCCACAGACAAUGUUCCGCGACCGCGACAACCUCCUACGUUUAAUGCAACAAGUCAAAGUAUCACCUACACCAGGACAACACGGAAACCCGGGGCUUCCAUCGGGGCUGCCGGCGGGACUGUCAUCUCAAGGCGGCCCUACUCCUGGUAUUCUGAAUGUUCCCGAUCUACUUUCGCGACCGCAGGGUAUGCAAAAAGUGCCUCGCAAUCAACCCUUCCUAGACGACCCUGCUAUUGCCAACAUGCAGCGAACCGAAGUUGAAUUGCACGAGCCAUCAAGGCGACCAGUCAACGGUCUUCCAGUGGGAUAUUUCGACGAAAUUCCAUACCCCGGCGCUCCACAGGGUGGACAGGGCUCUACACGACCAGCUGCUGGUGGCAGAGGACCUCCUCCCAUGGGACUCCAACGACCUCCUGGAUUCGAGCAGAUGCCACCACCACCACCUCCUCCUCCGGGCUGGGCAGGCCAACUCCCCCCUCAACAACCGACUCCAAAUAGAGGCAUGAACCCGAACUUUCUCAACGGGCCAAUGCCUCCUCAUAUGCAUGGAAAUAUGCCACCACCACCACCUCACAACGAGCGCCCGCCCUUCCUUCGAGGCAUCAGCGGCAACGCAUCCGGGAACACCUUCGGCCCUCCUCCCGGUAUGAUGCCUCCCCCAGGCUACGGUCCUCCCCCCCCAUCUGGAUUUCCGCCAAUGCCUCCUCAUAACCCCGAGGCCAUGCUAAACAUCAGCCAACACCAACAACAACAAGGGGCAGGAUCUUCUGGACCGCCGCCAUCCUCACGACAUCUCCUGGACAUGUUCGCCCAAGCCAAUGGCGGCGAUGCCCGAGGCGCAAUGCUCGGCGGUCCCGGUCUAUAUCGCUAA